AUGAAGGUUGUUCCAGAGAAGAAUGCUGUCCGGAUACUCUGGGGGCGAGAACGGGGCACUCGGACCUUUGGAGCUCAGCGACUUCUGCAGGAGCUGGUGGAAGAUAAAACCCGGUGGAUGAAAUGGGAGGGCAAGAGAGUAGAACUGCCGGAUAGUCCACGCUCUACCUUUUUAUUGGCCUUCAGCCCAGACAGGACUCUCUUGGCCUCCACCCAUGUAAACCAUAAUAUCUAUAUCACGGAGGUGAAGACAGGCAAGUGUGUUCACUCUCUGAUUGGACACCGCCGCACUCCAUGGUGUGUCACUUUUCAUCCCACCAUCUCAGGCCUUAUUGCUUCUGGCUGCCUAGAUGGGGAGGUUAGGAUUUGGGAUUUACACGGUGGCAGUGAAAGCUGGUUCACAGAUAGCAACAAUGCCAUUGCCUCCCUGGCUUUCCACCCUACGGCUCAGCUCCUGCUGAUUGCUACUGCCAAUGAGAUCCACUUCUGGGAUUGGAGUCGACGGGAGCCCUUUGCCGUGGUGAAGACAGCUAGUGAGAUGGAACGGGUCCGUCUGGUGAGAUUUGAUCCUCUUGGACACUACUUACUCACAGCAAUUGUUAACCCCUCUAAUCAGCAGGGUGAUGACGAACCAGAGAUCCCCAUAGACGGAACAGAAUUAUCGCAUUACCGUCAGCGUGCCCUCCUGCAGUCACAGCCAGUGCGCCGGACGCCUCUCCUCCACAAUUUCCUGCACAUGCUGUCCUCCCGCUCCUCUGGCAUCCAGACCGAGCCCUUCCAUCCCCCGGAGCAGGCCUCAUCAGCGCAGCAGGACCAGGGCCUCCUGAACCGGCCGUCUGCCUUCAGUACAGUCCAGAGCAGCACUGCCGGCAACACGCUCCGCAACCUCAGUCUGGGUCCCACCCGUCGCUCUUUGGGAGGCCCUCUGUCUAGCCACCCUUCUAGGUAUCACCGAGAAAUCGCUCCCGGGCUGACAGGAUCUGAGUGGACCCGGACAGUGCUCAGUCUGAACUCCUGCUCUGAGGCGGAAUCCAUGCCCCCGCCCAGGACCAGUGCCUCUUCGGUGAGUUUGCUGUCUGUGCUGAGACAGCAGGAAGGUGGCUCUCAAGCAUCUGUGUACACUUCAGCCACAGAAGGGAGGGGUUUUCCAGCUUCAGGGUUGGCAGCUGAGUCAGAUGGAGGGAAUGGCUCCAGCCAAAACAACUCGGGCACCAUUCGCCAUGAGCUUCAGUGUGACCUGAGACGCUUCUUUUUGGAGUAUGACCGGCUUCAGGAGCUGGACCAGAGCCUGAGUGGGGAAGCGCCCCAGGCCCAACAGGCCCAGGAAAUGCUCAACAAUAACAUUGAAUCCGAGAGGCCAGGCCCCUCCCACCAGCCCACCCCGCACAGCAGCGAGAACAACUCCAACCUGUCGCGUGGCCACCUGAACCGCUGCCGCGCUUGCCACAAUCUCCUGACCUUCAACAACGAUACCCUGCGCUGGGAAAGAAGUGCACCUAACUACUCCUCUGGCGAAGCCAGCUCCUCCUGGCAGGUCCCCAGUACCUUUGAGGGCAUGCCCUCGAGUGGCAGCCAGUUGCCACCUCUCGAGCGGACUGAGGGCCAAACGCCGAGCUCCAGCAGGCUGGAGUUGAGCAGCUCUGCUAGCCCACAGGAGGAGAGGACUGUGGGGGUGGCCUUCAACCAGGAGACAGGCCACUGGGAACGAAUUUACACCCAGUCCAGCAGAUCUGGAACUGUGUCGCAGGAGGCCUUACAUCAGGAUAUGGCUGAGGAAAGCUCCGAGGAAGAUUCACUCAGGAGGAGGCUGCUGGAGUCUUCCCUCAUUUCAUUAUCCCGUUAUGAUGGAGCAGGAUCCAGAGAGCACCCAAUUUACCCAGACCCAGCGAGAUUAUCUCCUGCUGCAUACUAUGCCCAGAGGAUGAUCCAGUAUCUCUCACGGAGAGACAGUAUCCGCCAGCGUUCUAUGCGCUACCAACAGAACCGCCUCCGUUCUUCCACCUCCUCCUCUUCCUCAGACAACCAGGGUCCAUCAGUAGAGGGAACCGACUUGGAAUUUGAGGACUUUGAGGACAAUGGUGACAGAUCCAGGCACCGAGCUCCACGAAAUGCCCGGAUGUCUGCACCUUCACUUGGACGCUUUGUCCCAAGGCGUUUCUUGCUGCCUGAGUACUUGCCUUAUGCUGGGAUUUUUCAUGAACGUGGACAGCCUGGCUUGGCUACUCACUCUUCUGUUAACAGGGUCCUGGCAGGGGCAGUGAUUGGUGAUGGACAGUCUGCCGUGGCCAGUAACAUUGCCAAUACUACCUACCGGCUCCAGUGGUGGGACUUCACUAAGUUUGACCUCCCAGAAAUCAGUAAUGCCUCCAUGAAUGUGCUGGUGCAGAACUGCAAAAUCUACAAUGAUGCCAGCUGUGACAUUUCUGCAGAUGGCCAGCUUCUGGCGGCUUUCAUCCCUAGCAGCCAAAGGGGCUUUCCUGAUGAAGGCAUCCUGGCAGUGUACUCUCUGGCCCCCCAUAACCUGGGCGAAAUGCUCUACACCAAGCGAUUUGGUCCCAAUGCCAUUUCAGUGAGCCUGUCCCCGAUGGGUCGAUAUGUAAUGGUGGGCUUGGCCUCACGAAGGAUCCUGCUGCACCCCUCCACGGAGCACAUGGUGGCCCAGGUCUUCAGGCUGCAACAGGCCCAUGGUGGCGAGACCUCCAUGAGGAGAGUUUUCAACGUCCUUUAUCCCAUGCCUGCUGACCAGCGGAGACAUGUCAGCAUCAAUUCUGCCCGGUGGCUGCCUGAGCCAGGGCUCGGCCUGGCCUAUGGUACCAACAAAGGAGACCUGGUGAUCUGCCGACCAGAGGCCUUAAACUCUGGUGUUGAGUACUACUGGGACCAGCUGAAUGAGACUGUCUUCACUGUUCACUCCAGCAGCCGAAGCAGUGAGAGGCCUGGCACCAGCAGGGCCACAUGGAGGACAGACAGAGACAUGGGCCUGAUGAAUGCAAUUGGGCUGCAGCCCCGGAACCCCACCACCUCAGUGACAUCUCAGGGCACCCAGACUCUGGCCCUUCAGCUGCAGAAUGCCGAAACACAGACAGAGAGGGAGAUCCAGGAGCCGGGGACAGCAGCUUCGGGUCCUGGUGAAGGUGAGGGCUCGGAGUACGGUGCCAGUGGGGAAGACGCUCUCAGCAGGAUCCAGCGGCUGAUGGCGGAAGGGGGCAUGACGGCCGUGGUGCAGCGGGAGCAGAGCACCACCAUGGCCUCCAUGGGUGGUUUUGGCAACAACAUCAUCGUCAGCCACCGAAUUCACCGCAGCUCCCAGACGGGCACGGAACCUGGGGUCGCGCGCGCCCCCUCGCCCCAGCCCUCCACCUCUCGGGGACCGCUCCCGGAAGCUGGGCAGCUGGCAGAGCGAGGCCUGAGCCCCCGGACAGCCUCCUGGGACCGGCCUGGUACCCCUGCGCGGGACCCACCCCAGGCAGCCUUGCCCGCCUCCUCCCCCGUGCCCCUUCCCAGCACUGAGGGACCAGCCUUGCACUGCGACCUCACCAAUAACAACCACCUUCCUGAUGGUGGGGGCAGCAGCCUGGGGGAGGCUGCAGGCCCCAGUGGGGAGCCACGGAACAGGUAG